UUUUUUUUUUGUUAACUUUGUACCAACAUGCCGUCGACGUUCCAUACCUUAGAACGAGAACGCAUGUUCCGUGAUCCUUCUUCAACAGAAUUCGGAGUCCCUAUUUUACAAGAAGCAGUUCGACCUCAUGUGGAUGCCUUCAAUAGUUUGACACAAUACCAAAACGAUCAAGAAGGUUUAUUGGAUUAUGCUUUACAAGAUAUUGGUGUACAAACACUUUUUGACUAUACCAGCAACCUUCAUCAAGCAUACAAUGGUGAUGAUCUUGGCAACAAGAUGACAUUCUGGGUUGAACAACCAAAGAUCCUGACUCCUAUGGUCAGUGAACGAGAUGUCACAACACUUAACCGCAAGACUUUCCCUUCCGAAUGUCGUGAACGCUUGACUACCUACCGUGGACGAUUUCAAGUCAAGUUUUGUUGGAGAAUCAACGAUGGUCCUAUGCAAUCUGAAGUUCGUGAACUAGGUCAAGUACCCAUCAUGGUCCGAUCCAAUCGAUGCAACCUACGCAACAUGUACCCAAAACAAUUGAUCGCUCAUCAUGAAGAACCUGAAGAAAUGGGUGGUUACUUUAUUGUCAACGGUAUUGAAAAAUUGAUUCGUUUGUUGAUUAUGCCUCGUCGAAACCAUGUUACCGCCAUUAUUCGAAACUCUUUCCAAAAACGUGGUCCUACUUACUCUGUCUAUGGUUGUGCUAUUCGAUGUGCUCGUCCUGAUCAAACCACUCACACUAAUACUGUUCAUUAUCUCAACGAUGGUAAUGUUAUGUUGCGCUUCGCCUGGAGAAAACAAGAAUAUAUGGUACCUGUCAUCCUUAUUAUGAAAUGUUUAAUCGAUGCUUCCGACAAGGAAAUUUUCGAUGCUUUGUGUCAAGGUGAUGUCAAGAAUACAUUUUUAACUGAUCGUGUGGAAUUGUUGUUACGUAGUUUCAAGGUUUACUCUCUCUAUACUCGUGAUGAUUGUUUGGCUUAUCUUGGUGACAAGUUCCGUGUUAUCAUGGGUCUGUCUGAAGACAUGUCGGAUAUUGAUGUUGGCAAGGAAUUGCUCAGAAAAAUUAUCUUGGUUCAUUUGAAUGACAAUCGUGAUAAAUUCAACCUAUUGACUUAUAUGAUUCAAAAGCUAUACGCUUUGGUAUCCGGUGCCUGUUGUGCUGAUAAUCCUGAUGCUCCUCAACAUCAAGAAGUUUUAUUGGGUGGACAUCUUUAUAAUAUGAUCAUCAAGGAAAAGGUGUACGAUUGGCUUCAAGCUUUACGUCAACAAGUCAAGACUGAUCUUCGUUUAGCUCCUCAUAAAGUCGACCUUCACAACAGAAACUAUAUUUUGAAUACUCUUCGUAAGGUACCUGAUGAUAUUGGUUCCAAACUCUCCUACUUUUUGGCUACUGGUAAUCUUGUUAGUAAAACAGGUCUAGAUUUACAACAGUUCUCUGGUUAUACGAUUGUUGCGGAAAAACUCAACUUUUAUCGAUACAUUUCUCAUUUCCGAUGUAUCCAUCGUGGUGCUUUCUUUGCUGAACUCAAGACAACUGCGGUACGUAAAUUGCUUCCUGAAGCUUGGGGUUUCUUAUGUCCUGUUCAUACACCUGAUGGUUCUCCAUGUGGUCUUUUGAAUCAUUUGGCACACAAGUGCAAGGUUGUUAACGAACCAUUGGAUGUUACUCGUAUUCCUUCCUUACUUUCAGCACUUGGUGUUUCACAAACUGUUCUUCAUUCCAUUGCUCGUCCUGAUGAUGUUGCUGUUCUGUUAGAUGGUCGUGUCGUUGGUUGGUGUACACCCAAAACUGCUGAAAAAGUGGCUACUAGUCUCAAAGUAUGGCGUGUUAAUUGGGAGAAGGAUAUUCCUUUUGAUCUUGAAAUUGCCAAUGUACCUGUAUCUUAUGGUGGUGAAUAUCCUGGUCUUUAUCUCUUCUCUCAACCUGCUCGUAUGAUGCGCCCUGUCAAGUAUCUUGGAAAUGGUAAAGCUGAUAUGGUUGGUACUUUUGAACAAGUUUAUAUGGAUAUUGCCUGUAUGGAUGAUGAAGUUGUACCUGGCGUGACCACUCAUCAAGAAUUCGCCCCUACCAACGUUCUCAGUAUUAUUGCCAAUAUGACUCCCUUCUCUGACUUUAAUCAAUCUCCUCGUAAUAUGUAUCAAUGUCAGAUGGGUAAGCAAACUAUGGGUACACCUUCUACUGUUUACAAUCAUCGUACAGAUAAUAAAUUGUAUCGAAUUCAAACUGGUCAAACACCUGUAGUACGCCCUGAACUUCACAACGAAUACGGUUUGGAUGGAUUUCCUCAAGGUGCUAAUGCUAUUGUAGCUGUUAUUUCAUAUACUGGUUAUGAUAUGGAAGAUGCAAUGAUUCUCAAUAAAUCAGCGCAUGAACGUGGUUUUGGUUAUGGUUCUAUUUACAAAUCUGAAAUUGUCGAUCUUGCACAAUACCGUGGACGUGGUGAUCCUGUAACAUGUCGAUUUGGUUUAGAUAGUCGUGGAAGAAAAGCAUACAAGGAAUUUUUGGGAUUGGAUGGUCUUCCUCAUAUUGGUGCACAUCUCAAAGCAGAUGAUCCUUUAUAUUCUUAUGUGGAUGAAGCUACUGGCAAGGCUACAGUUAAGAAAUACAAAGGUCCUGAAGAUGCAUAUGUGGAUGAAGUACGGUUAGUGGGUGAUGAUGCUGGUAAUGAAUUACAAAAGGUACAUAUCAAAUUACGUAUCACACGGUCUCCAGUCAUUGGUGAUAAGUUCUCUUCUCGUCACGGACAAAAAGGUGUGUGUUCUCAAAAAUGGCCAGCAGUGGAUAUGCCUUUCUCUGAAUCUGGAAUGCAACCCGAUGUUAUCAUCAAUCCUCAUGCUUUCCCAUCUCGUAUGACUAUUGGUAUGUUUGUGGAAAGUUUGGCUGGUAAAGCGGGAGCUCUACAUGGUAUUGCUCAAGAUAGUACACCUUUCAAGUUUAAUGAAAAAUUCACAGCGGCAGAUUACUUUGGUGAACAAUUAUUAGCGGCUGGUUACAACUAUCACGGUAAUGAAGCCAUGUAUUCUGGUAUCACUGGUGAAGAAAUGAAAAUGGAUAUUUAUAUUGGUGUGGUCUAUUAUCAACGUCUGCGUCACAUGGUGAAUGAUAAAUUCCAAGUACGAACAACAGGCCCUGUACAUAACUUGACAAUGCAACCUGUCAAAGGACGUAAACGUGCUGGUGGUAUUCGAUUUGGUGAAAUGGAACGUGAUUCUUUAUUAGCACACGGAACAAGUUUCUUAUUACAAGACCGAUUGAUGAAUUGCUCCGAUUAUUCUCGAGCUCAUGUAUGUCGUCUAUGUGGUUCUCUGGUAUCACCUAUUUGUACCAAGAUUGUAUCUUCUUUGAAUAAUCAACGUACUUUUGAAUGUCGUACUUGUCAAACUUCAAAGGGUAUUGAUGUUGUGGCUAUUCCUUAUGUAUUCCGUUAUCUUACUACUGAAUUGAUGAGUAUGGGUAUUCGUUUAACUUUGGGUGUCAAACCAUAAUCCUUCAUAGAUUUAUUAUUAUUAUUAGUUAUUUUUUGUUAUCAUUUUUUUUUAUUCAUCUUAUAUACAUACAUAUAUCUAUUCUUUACAUCCUUCUUUCUUCUUCCACUUUCGUUAGAUAUAUUAUAUAUACUCCAUCAUAUGUUCGUUCUUUAUACAUUUUACUCGUUUCUUUUAG